UCGAUAACUGGAAAAGCUGGAUAUUAAAUGGCUGAUUUCUGAGUUUACACGAAGAUGAUAAAGACGGAGAGGAUCCUACAUCUGAAGAGCUGCCGGGGACGGAAGGUGCGUGUGGUGCGGGAGCAUUAUCUGCGGGAGGAGGUCCCGUGUUACAGCUCACUGUGUCAGGGGGGCUGCGUGAACGAUGGGAAGGUGUUGCCGGGAGAUUUGAUCCACUAUGUGGUGCCUGACGUCGGCGUGGUGGUCGACUACAUGGAGAUUCUGGAGUUACGAGAGCUGCAGGGCAUCGUCUUCACCCAGACCGCCUGCCAGGCUGUGCAGCACAGCAAAGGACGCAGGCAGUACAACCGUCUGCGAAACCUGCUGAAGGACCCUCGACACGACUGUGUGCUGUUUGCCAAUGAAUUCCAGGAGUAUUCCUACUGUCCGAGGGAGAAAGGGGAGAGCCAGGAGAAGUGGCAGACCAGGUGUGUGUACUCGGCAGCAGUGUGGUACUAUAACCACCUGGCAGGUAUGAUGAAUGUCGUGAUGAUCACAGAAGACCAGGAAGCCGUAGCUCAAUACAACAGCCUCAACUCUGGAGUCUACGUCAUCUCCGUCCAGGAUUAUCUGCAGGACUUCUGGCAGGACCUGCAGGCGGCCCACGAUCUGUACAGCUCCAUUUCUCAGACGCUGCAGGAAAAGGAGAGCGUUAGCGCGGAGGGAGGGAAGGAGUACGCCGAACAUCUGCCCAAUGAAAUCCUGGAGGCCGGGAUCAAGUCUGGACGGUACAUUCAGGGCACUCUGAAUGUGAACAAGCAUCGUUCUCAGCAUGAAGCUUCAGUCAGACCGGAGGGAAUCACCACCAAGAACACAGAUGUGAGUAGGGAGGUGCUGGUGGACGGUAAUAAGAACCGUAACCGAGCGGUGCAUGGUGACGUAGUCGUGGUGGAGCUGCUGCCGAAGAGCGAGUGGAGAGGAAAGGUAACGGCUCUGAGCGAGGGACAAGCGGAGGAGAAGAGAGGAGACGACAGCGAGAGUAAACCGAUGCCAACAGGCCGCAUCGUUGGGAUCCUGCAGAGGAACUGGAGAGACUACGUGGUGACGUUCCCUCCCAGAGAGGGACCUCAGAACAGGAACUCGCAGCGUAUUCUGGCCAUUCCCUGGGACAACCGCAUCCCCAAGAUCCGCAUCAGCACGCAGCAGGCCGACGCUCUGCAGGAUCACAGAGUGGUGGUGCGCAUCGAUUCGUGGGAAAGCUCGUCACUCUAUCCGAACGGACACAGCGUUCGAGUUCUGGGUCGAGCCGGAGAACUGGAGACGGAGAUCAGCACGAUCCUCAUAGAGAACAGCAUCCACGUACCGUCGUUCUCAGACGCACAGCUGAGAGAGAUGCCCGUUAACUCUCCGGAGCAGCCGUGGUCUGUGGAUCCCGCUCAGUUGUCGGAGCGUCAGGACUUGAGACAAACUCACCUGGUGUUCAGCAUCGACCCUCGAGGCUGCGAAGACGUAGACGACACGCUGUCGGUGCGUCGCAUCGCCGGGGGAACCAAGCUGGAGCUCGGAGUUCACAUCGCUGACGUCACUCACUUUGUGGCUAAAGGAUCGCUCACCGACCUGGAGGCACGAGCCAGAGCUACGACGUAUUACCUGGCCGACCGCAGGUACGACAUGCUGCCUGCAGUCCUCAGCUCAGACCUCUGCUCUCUGCUGGGAGGAGUCGACAGGUAUGCGAUGAGCGUGAUGUGGGAGAUCGAUGCCCAAACCCUCGACGUCAACAGGGUGUGGUACGGCCGCACGCUCAUCCGCUCGUCCUACCAGCUGCACUACGAGCUGGCCCAGGCGCUGCUCAACGGGGAAGAGGCCGAGGUGGCGGAGCUCGCUCAGCUCGGGUCCGACCAGAGAGACGCUAAGCUGGCCGAGCUCACGCAGGCUCUGAAGACGCUGACGGACGUAGCAAGACACUUCCGAGCUAAAAGAGACAGAGGAGGAGCUCUGGAGCUGGAAGGAGUGGAGGUUCGAGCCCAGCUGGACAAGGAGAAGAACAUCACGGCUCUGGUUCCCCGCCAGCCGCUGGAGGUGCACGAGACGGUGGCCGAGUGCAUGAUUCACGCCAACCACUGGGUGGCGCGUAAGAUCCAGGAAGCUUUCCCUCACCAAGCUCUGCUGAGGCUCCAUCCGCCUCCGAGGCAGGAGUUCUUCAACCAGCUGGUGGAGAGCGCCUCCGCCAGGGGGUUCACCAUCGACACCAGGUGA